AUGCGCAACGAGGACAAAGGCACGGUCUGCGGGGGCGGCGAGGCGGGCCUGGCUACCGCCGCGGCGCGGGGGCAAGUGGAGACGGUGAAACAGCUCCUGGAAGCCGGUGCGGAUCCCAACGGGGUGAACCGCUUCGGGAGGCGCCCGAUCCAGGUCAUGAUGAUGGGCAGCACCCAUGUAGCAGAACUACUGCUGCUCCAUGGUGCUGAACCCAACUGUGCAGACCCAGCCACCCUCAUCCGACCCGUGCACGAUGCAGCCCGGGAAGGCUUCCUGGAGACACUAGUAGCGCUGCACCGAGCGGGAGCACAGCUGGACGUGCGCGACAUGUGGGGUCGCCUGCCUGUGGACCUGGCUGAGGAGCAAGGUCAUCGCCACAUCACCCGGUACCUGCUCGCCUCUAAAGGAGACUGA